AUGGCCACAAAAGAUCCCCCAGAGCUGGACGAGUUUCAGAAGCUAUUCGCGGCUGCAGUCUUUCAAUCAGCUUUGAAAACCCAACAAGCGGACCAAAGCGCCAGAACCCCUGUUGCUGUACAACACUACGGCAAGAAGGAUAACGACAACGACAAAGAUACUCGGGACUCAGAUGUUGUCAUGACUCCUCGAGCUGUCGAAUCUACACGCAAGUCUCUGCCAACACCGACAGGGGUCACCAAAAAUGAUAAAACCCAAACGCCUAAAUCAAAAUCAAAGAGCCACCCUGCUAAGCCUUUAGGGGUGACUAAGCCUCUUCAUAAGUCUAAAAAACUGAAGUUACCAAGGCCAGUUCCUGUUCAAGACGAAGAAACUUUACCACAUGAAAUAUCCCAGAGCCCACCACAACUCCCUGCCAAACCCCGGAGAGCAGCAGCCAAGUCUCCUCGUAAGCCGAAGAAACCAAAGUCAAUUGCUUCUUGGGAUGAUGAUUCCUCAUCAAUCGAACGAUCCGAGAGUCCAGAGCAAGAUUCUGCCCCAAUCUUGCAGACAGCCAAGAAAGCUGCGGAUCAAAAGAAGCCCAAAGCUAGACCUCGAUUUCAGUCCCCAGAGGAAAUUCCCCGGGCGAUGUUGUCAGCACACCAGCCCGAGCAGAAAGAAAAACGGUCUCGUCGGGCACAGCCUAAGGUGUCUUACAAGCCCAAGAAAAAGUUCAUUUUGGGCCUAGAUUACGGCACGACUUUCACAUCAGUGUCAUAUUAUACUCACUUGGUUGGCGAUACCGAGUUCACGGUGCUACCAGGCGAUAUCAAAAGCAUUGUGAACUGGCAACUUAGCGGUGCUGAAAUCAGACAAGUACCAACACAAAGUUGGUAUCCCCUCGUCCCCAGAUACACAGCUCCAAGAAAUGACGGCGAGCUGUCUGAAAAUGAGAGCGACAUGGAAAGAGUCGCCUCCAAAAUGAAUUGGUCAACGGAAAUCGGCACCCGUGCACACCAACAUGUUGACAACGACACUGCGGAAACCUUUCUCUGGGGAUAUGAGGUAGCGUAUACCAUGUACAAAGCUGGAACGACCCGCAAAGUUGACCGAUUCAUUGAUCGUCCUAAACUAAUGCUUGUCCGGAGCAAGCAUACUGAAGCGGAUAGAACCAAGCUUCUUCCUCGUCUCAGUGGCUUGAUUCGUGCUGGAAUUGUUAAACGCUAUGGGGAAAGUGGACGUAUAGGAAUGCAAGAUCUCAAGGAUGUCAUCGCUGAUUUUCUGAUCAGGAUUUUCCAGCAUACCAAGCAGCAGUUACAGGAGAACGAGGGGUUUACAAGUGACUCCGAGGUAGAGUUUGUGAUGACAGUACCAGCCAUAUGGCACCAGGGUUCCUCACGUGUUAUGCAAAAUGCAAUUGCUACCGCAAUUAAGACCACCGGUCUUGGAACCUUGUCAUAUGGCAGUAUUGACAACCUUUUUGUCGUGACCGAGCCAGAAUCAGCGGCUACAUACUUGAUGGGGUUUGAUAAUGAGUUGGUGGUAAGCCCUUUCGAUUUGUUAUUCUCCUGGGAAGGCCGAGUUCUGAUAUAUAUAUAGGCCGGCGAUACCAUAGUUGUGCUUGAUUGUGGGGGUGGACCAGUCCACGCAGCCGCAUUCGAUAUUUCGAGCACUUACCCGCUACGGCUCAAGAAUGAAGUUGGCAUCCCAAUAAGUACGAUACAAGCUCUCAAUUAGCAGGAAGCAAGCUAACCUGAAUUUAGGGGACAAUUGUGGUGCAAGCCAUCUCAAUGAUAAUUUUGAGAACCGAGUGCUUGAGCGAUUGGCCGACGAAGACUACCUGGACAUUCAAGGCUUGACUCGAGAAACAAUUGUCAAGCAACUCGUUCCAGAUUUUGAGAAUUACGAUAAACGAUACAAAGAUAUCACAAAACGGCCAGCAGGUUCUCUGAGAAUACCAGGCCUCCGUGGAGAUAUGAGUAGAGGCCUAGAAGGAGCAGAAUCAAAAGGCUUUGAGGACAACAGACUCAUCCUAGAUUGGUAAGUGUGUUCAAUGGGUUGUGGUCGAUGAUGCCUGAUAUAGUGACAAACAGGAGAGAUUACGAUGCUAUUUUUAUGCCAAUUCUUCGACGGGUUGGAGACUUGUUACGCACCCAGCUUGAAAUGACUUUCGGAAAAGACAAAACGGUUCAGGUGAGUACAUUUGUCUGGUAAAAGGACUACCAUCUGACAGAAACAAAGAAAGUUUUCUUGAUAGGGGGCUUUGGAGCUGCACCAUCCCUACGUAGCUAUCUUCGGAAAUUUCUUGAUGACCUCGUUAACGAACUCAACUUGCCUUACGAAAUUGAACUUGUUACAACAAGUGUUCAGGAGAGGUAAGACGUCCGAAAUCCUUUCUUUUAGACCCGUACUCAUCAUUGACUCUUAUUAGUGUCUCGGCCAUCGCAUCUGGUGCUAUUCUUCGGGCUCUGAAUAAGGCGGGCGGUCCUAUCAGACGUGCUGAAUCAAGCUAUGGAUUUCUUCGCCGUGAGCCGUACCAACCGCUGGAAAUCCCCGAGCAUAAGGAACAGACACCGGAAGUAGACGCCCUAGAUGGCCACAAGUUUGUGACGACCAUCGAUUAUUUCAUGGUAAAGGUGAGAAGGGCGAAGACAUCAGCCUUCAGUGCAUGGCAUAAUUGACCAAAUUAUAGGGAAUGGUGUUGAAGCCAACCCAUAAAUUCCGACCAUUCACAUGCGAACAUGCUUUCGAACUCUACGACGAAAGACUCCGUUGUGAGGAAAUCCUCUACGUAUCUGAUUUUGCAAAACGCUCUCAUUUUCAUCCUGAUCACCUAGAGAACAAAGGUUAGCACUCAUCAACGAUAGAGGCCCCGGCAAUAAUUUAAUAUUUUCAUUAGGUGCUCAGAUUUCUGGAAGUAUUAUAACGCCAAUGGAUGCCUUUCGGAGUCCUGACAAUGUCGUUCUUCCAGACACCGAUGCCAAUGGCGAGGUACAAGGCAAGCCUCAUUACAUGGUUUCGUACGAUCUGAUUCCAGUUGUUGAGGGGAGAAAUCUUCGUUAUGAAACGAUGCUUCAUAGUGGAGAAGUGCGUCAGACUGGACAGAUAAGUAUCGCGUCUGCUUUUCGACCAGGAACAGAUUAAGAUUCGAUGUUUUUUCUUUUCUUUACACCUUUCUCAGGCUUAACAAUUGAGUUCCAUGUAGGGUUCGCAGUCGUUUCUUGAAAUUGGCCGACGCAACAAGUGUGCUGAUGUCUACGAUGGAAUGGAUGGAUAUUUGAUGAUUGACGAACUUAUGGAUUUUUUUAGACUUUUAGCUUUGGAAAGAUUUGGGAGGGUAGCGAUACCCGGGCGACAUCCUUAUUAGAUAGAUUUGGUUCCCAAUGGCAAUGUGUG